AUGCUGCGCCUGUCAAUGACCGCCUCCGAAGUCGUCCAGGCCGUGCUCGACAGGCCCGCCCCCGCCGCCCGCACCGCCACGGAGUACGAGGCCUUCCAUGCACUCCAGGAGGCCUGCCGCCACCUCCAGGCCGCCAAGGAGGCCGAGGACGACGCGCGCGCCGCCAAGGACCUCGCGGCUUUCGACGAGCGCUUCAGAUGGACCCGGUUCACGUCGCUCACAUCAGUCUACGACCCCGCCAACGACGACCACGUCGAGCGCUACGAGCGGGUCAAGGCCGCGUGGGAGGCUGCCCCGCACGAAAAGAUCGACACGGCCAACGCGUGGCUCGAGGCGUGGGAGGCGUCGUACAACGCCACCGAGGAGGUCAACCGCCUGUACCGCGCCUGGAUGGAGCUCCACCACGGCGAGGAGCACUACGCGUUCGAGGAGACCGACGAGGAGGGCGGUAUUGCUGAGCGGGCGGAUUGGCGCGGGUAUGGGUCUGCACCGGAGGACCUCUACUCGGCUCGCAGGUGA